AUGGCAAAGAAAAGCAAGGGAAUGAAAAAGAGUGGUAAAACCAGAAGCUCAAGGAAGAUUAUCGACGCCUACCAAAUCGCCGAGAGACAAGAAAGAAAGAAUCACCCAGGCGACUUUGAUGAUGAUGAAUCAGACAAUGAUGUUCCAUUUGAAGAAGGUGUAUUAGAUGCAAGAAAGUUUUUAAACGAUGGACAACAAGAUGAAGAUUUACUUGAUGAAGAGAUUGAUUCCGAUGAAGCGUUGGCAAGUGAUGACGAUUAUGAUGUAUUGAAUAGUAAGUUUUCGCAAACGAUAAGAGACAAGGCUAAGAAACGAAAACUAGGACAAGACAGUGACAGUGAGAGCGGCAUAGACGUUGAUGAUGAUGAAAAUGCAUAUGAUAGUAUUGAUGAGGGACAGUUGGUAACCUUAUCUGAAGCUUGGGAUAUGGAUGAUCGUGAUCGUGAUCUAGCACAAGUUAAAGGAGGCAAUAAAGAGUCCAAUGAAUUAGUGCUUAAUGAUGAAUGGGAAUCUGAGAGCUCCUCCAGUGGAGAUGAAGAAAGUGAUGACGAUGAUGACGAUGAAGAAGAUCCGAACGGAGUGGAGGAAGAUUGGGGUGAUACCACCAAAGCAUCCACAUCUGACCUGGAGUCUGAAUCAGAAGAGGACGAAUCAGACGAUGAAGAUGUCUUUGCACAUGCGUCAGACGAUGAAAAUAAUGAAGUUGAUCUUGUCAAGACCACAGGAUUGUUGAAGAAGGAACUAGAGUUGUCGAAACCUAAAGAGCGUAAAAAGUUUGUUGCUGAAACUCGAAAUGAGAAUGAGUUCAGUGUACCUUCCAAUGGUCAAAAAUUGUCAUUGUCAGACAUGAUGAAAGAUGUCAGUGGUGUUGACAAUAUCCUCAUUGACCAAGAUGCGAAAGCAGUUGCUACACCAUUACCCAAACGUAUCCAGCAAAGAAACGAUCGUGGCGCUGCUUAUGACUUAGCCAAAAAGGAAGUGAGUAAAUGGAGUGACACGGUUCAGCAAAACAGACAAGCUGAAGUAUUGAAAUUUCCCAUGCAACAACCGGAUCAAAUCAACGAUUCAGCAUUGACAUUCCGAGCAGAUAAUCAUACCCCAACAACCAACCUCGAAAAGAAGGUUAAUGAUUUACUCACGCAGUCUGCACUAGUGGACGAUAAAAAGGAAGCUACAUUUGAAGAAAUAGCCAUGGCUAAAAUGUCACCUGAGGAGUUGCGCAAACGUACUCAUGAAUUAAGACUCAUGAGGGAGUUGAUGUUUAGAGAUGAACGUAGAGCCAAAAGAUUGAAAAAGAUUAAAUCAAAGCAGUACCACAAGAUCAAAAAGAGAGAAAGAUUGAGAAAUCAAGCAUUGGGUGAUGAGGCAGAAGAUGUUGAUGAAGAAGAAGACCACGAUAUGGAGAGAGCUAAAGAAAGAAUGAGUUUGAAACACAAGACUCAACUGAAAUGGGCACAAUCAAUGAUCAAAAGUGGAUUAUCAAAAGAUGCAUCAAAUAGAGAAGAAUUGGAAGAGAUGUUGAGGCAGGGUGAGCGAUUAAGGGAGAAGCAAUUAGGAAAAAGAGGAGGGAACGACGAUGAUGAUGAAGGAAUUUAUAGUGACGACAAUUUGGAUCGACUUGAGCGCGAAUAUGCUAAAGAUGAUGAAAUUGUGGAUCGAAGCAAAAUUGGCAAGGGGGUCAUGGCCAUGGAUUUUAUGAAGAAUGCUGAAAAGAGGAAAAAAGAAGAGAAUCUUAAACAGAUCGAGCAAUUGAGACGAUUGGAAAAUGGGGAAGACACCGGUAUUGAUUUAUUUGAGGAAGAUAAUGGGCUGGUUAAUAUCAAGAAAAAUACCGGUAGACGGGUGUAUAAUGCGGCUGCUAUCGAUGAUAUGGACUUGAAUGAGGAAAUCAAAAAUCAAGUUGAGGAUGAUAAUGCCAAGUCGCUUAAUGCCAAAGUCAAUAAAGUACAGGUUUUUGAACAAGCUCCUGAAGAUGAUGGAUGUGAUAAAGUAAUAGUUGAAAAAAUUCAAGUUGAUGAAUCCAAUCCUUGGCUCGCUUCGUCUACAUCCACUUCUAAUAACGAACCACGACAGAAAUCAACUAAAAUCACCACUAUGAUUGAUGAAAAUUCAUCCAAGCUUGCUAAAGCAGCCGCCAAAAUAGCCAAACGUAAGCAAAAGAGCCACAAUGACACUGAGUCUCUCAUUGAUAUCAACAAUACCCUAGCUAUUUCCGAUGUCCAUAAAGAUGAACAUGAUCCGGAUGAAGGAGAAGAUAUUGAUACCGAUUCAGUACCAGCAAUGUUCAAACAAAAGGAAUUAAUCAAAGAAGCAUUUAUUGGUGAUGAUGUAAUUAGCGAAUUCCAGCUGGAGAAGAAACGUAUGAUUGAAGAUGAAGAUGACAAAGAAGAAGAUGUAACCUUGCCAGGAUGGGGUGAUUGGGCUGGGGGGUCUUCAAAAGGGAACAGAAAUAAGAAGCGUAAAUUCAUACGCAAGAUUGAUGGAGUUGCCCAACGCGAUAAACGUAAAGACAAGAAUCUAUCCAAUGUCAUUAUAAAUGAAAAAUUAAACAAAAAGAUUCUAAAAUAUCAAUCACUGGAUGUUCCAUAUCCUUUUGAAACUAGAGAACAAUAUGAACGUUCGUUGCGUAUGCCAGUGGGACAAGAAUGGACUAGUCGAGAAACGCAUCAGAAAUUGACAAUGCCUAGAGUCAUUACCAAACAAGGUGUUGUCAUUGAUCCAUUAAAAGCUCCAUUCAAGUAG